CCAUCACGCGCUGUGCUUCCCUUUGUAACGACAACCCUCCUAACUUCUUUGGUGCAGAGAGUUCAAAGGGCCUCACGUUUUUUUUGUUUAUUUUUUUCUGUUUUUGUUAUAACAGCGUCUGAUUUAGUUGUUUUAUUUCAUGCAUAGCGAUACCUAAUAUCACUGUCCCUAACAUCAAACGACCGACCAUCAACCCAUUUGUCAAGAAGGUCCAACGUUUCCUAGCAGUUGGAUCUGGCAGCCUCAUGACAGAAUACACUGUGUUUGUCGACCAUAGCCAGUUACUAGCGGACUAAACAUCGAUGUGAUUACAAACAUUACGAUCACCAAAGCUGAUGGUUAUUUUCACCCUUUACUCGUCCUGCGACUUGGCACAGCGGAAACGAUAAGCCACAAGAUCAUACGAACUUCCUUAGGCAGUUCCUUGUAUCCAAACGCUGUUGUGUUGCCACAUGCAACCUACGUCAGACGCCAGACAUAGGCUAGGGGCAACCUGCCCCAGGUACUGCUAGUCAGGUGGCCACCAGUUAAGCGGCCAACAGUCAACCAGGCUGGCGGAAGUUUCCUUGUAGGCCCAAUCAGGACCUUUUCAUUAAAGCUUUCGGACAGAGUAUAUAAUGGUGGCUACCGGAAAUGUUUCAUCGGCUAAUCCUAGCGGCGAGCCAUUAUAUGGAAGAAGGUGCAUUGUCAGUACUUGCAAUAAACCCGUCCUGCAGGAGGACAGUUCGAAUGAAGUGUGUACCUCUUGCAAACAAGCUGCGAAGUACGCAACAUCCAAGUUGAAAGCGAGGAGGUUGAAACCGAAAAGGUCCGAAAGCGGCCUCUGGACGCCGCGAUCCGAAGUCAGUUCUAUGAGUGGUAGCGGCAAUGAUACUAUGAGACGUCGGAAUUUUUCACCGCUGACGCCAACGGCGGGGCCUAAUGACGGAGGCAAGAAGCGGAAACCCUACGAUACACACAGUGCCGCAGAUGAGAUCGAAAACUGGCGAAAUCCCAAGUCGCAAAAGGUCGGAGGCAUUACUGAAGGAAAUACCGAGUCAGGUUUUGCGAGCCAGAAGUCCGAUGCAGGGCCUAUAGGCCGCCAGGGGUUGCACAUGUCAUCUGACCAUGUGGGAAAUGCGCCGGAAGUACUAAUGGGAGCUGAAAGUUUGAACGUUUCGACAGAUAAAGAUGCCAGGAGAACGGGAAUUAUGCCUCUGGAACCCAUGAUGACAAGAUCGCGCAGCAUUAUCCAUUCCGAGGCAGCCAGGUCAACUGGAAUCAAUGCUACUGGGUUAGCUACCCCGCCAUCUUCCAACCCGUCCUUUAAGUCGACCUUGCCAGAUAUACAGAUUCCGCAUUCAAAGCCGAGUUUUUCAGAUGGCCGCAUAGCCCCUCCGGAGCCGAAAAAUGGAGCCCACAAUAGCGCCAACAAUUCAUUUUUCCCAGGGGAUGUUCUUCCCGUAUCAGAAGGCUUGGUUCUUGAGUCAAAAGGCGCUCUUUCUGUUUCGGAAGGCUCCCAUAUACCAGAGGAUUUUCUUCUUCUAUCAGAUGACAACCUUUCUCUGUUAGAGGACCCUCUUCUAUCAGAUAGCUCUCUUUCUAUGCUGGACUGCUCUCCUCUACCAGAAGACUCUCCUUUUCUAUUCGGGGACACUCUUGUCCCCGAACCCUCCCAGCAUCCAGAAUACAUCGCAUCUACGGAUAGUACGAACCGAGGUCCUGAGAACACGUACAAGAGCAGAGAUGACCAGCCUACAAAGCCUUUAUCCAUUCUCGAGUCAACGUCUCCUUCCAAUACUGCUUUAAGGCAGCCACCAGAAGCCCCGGCGAUUCUUUCAGAUGACAGAGACUUUACGGAUAAUGGGAUUGUGAAAUUCCAAUCGUCCGUUCCUUUUAUCGGAGUGUGCCCCGAUUCGAUCGAACCGACCCUGAACCCGAAUUCGGUGCAAGCUAGGCGCUCCAAAAAACCUCUUGGCACAGAGCCCAACUCUCAAGGCUUCUAUGAUGUACUCUCAAAAUACCGCGGUUCAGACGAGGAGUUUGUAGCAACAACACUCUUUGACAUGCGUACUGAAGAUUCAUCAUACAUAUCCAUCCAAGCCAAGAUCGCUGCGAGAGGAGGCAGAAAGAGACAAUUUGGCGAAGUAUUCAGCAGACUCGAUGUAGACUCGACGUGGAGCAAACAUCAAAACCAACCAUUUAAGAUCAAUCCUGCGGUGCUGGGCCGUGAUGAUUUGCCACUACACAAGAUAUUCGGCGAAUUCGAUGCAAAAGAUAUGGUACCGACGGUGGUAGAUGGCGAGUUACAUCUCACUCAGCGAGAAGAAUAUGAAGGACCCCGACGGACAUGGCGUUAUGGCGAUGGCGGGACCGGGACAGAGCAGGGUUAUCCAGAGGCGCAAGCUGGGGCAUGGAGAGAUCUGGGGAAAGCGGCGAUAUGAGUGGGCGAUAUUAAAUUUGGUGAUUUACGGGGAACUUGAAGAUGUUAUGGCGAUUGACGGUACAGAGAGGUUUUGUUAUAAAGGUUCCUAGGCGCUUGCGAUAUACCCUUUAAUUUGAUAUUUAUUGUUGGUCAAUUAAGGCUAUCAAGGCGGGAUAAUGGUUCCAGUGUGUCUUGACUUGUAUUCCCCUGAGUGGAAUGACACUCUUUCCACGGCUAUUUUGCUGGAGUUUCAUAAGAGUAUAACUCAAGGCUGAAUUACUGUAUCAUAAGUACAUUCACAUUCAACAUGGGCCGACGAGGGCUAGUUCUCGGCGAGAAUGAGCUUCAUUGGGUCAUAAUCUAAGGUCUUCAUCUCCAGCCCAUCUCUUUGGUUUCUCACUGCCUCAGCCCGUUUCGCCAACCUUGUUGAGCCCUGGAAGUGUUGACUGCUCCGAACAUAUUAAUCGCUGCUGCCCUUCUCUUUAUUCUCCGUCUCACAGGUCAGCUCCUCAACCCGCCACGAGUCAAAGUUAGUAGU